AGGAGGCGGCGCUUCAACCAACCAAAACCACGAACAACAACAACGGCACCCAGAAGCCCCCGCGCCCGCAGUGGCUUCUUCAUACGUCGCUGCCGCCGACGCCGUCGCCGAGGGCCCUGGUUCGUCUCCUGCGGGGAGGCGGCGGGGCAAGGCUCGCCGCCAUGAAGCUCCGCGUGCGGAUGCUGAAGCGAACGGUUCUGCUGGAGUUGCCAGGGGAGGAGCCAACUCUGGGGGACCUGCGCGCGCACAUCUGCCAGACGCUCUUGCCCUCAUGCGGUUACAGUUCUGAUUCCAAGGUUGUAAUAACCUUGAACAAGAAAGACUCCCUCACAGGAGAGCAGGAAACCCUAACAUCGUUGGGGGUUGUUUCAGGAGACUUGAUAUGUUUGGUUUUAGAAGAGGCUGAUGCUGCACCCAGAUUACCUGCAUCUGUUUCCUCAUCUGUGCAUCCAUCACAGAAUCAUGAAUCAUCAUCAUCUACUUCAGAUCCAUGCCAAAGCCAGCCCAGGAGCCCAGAUAAUGAAAAAAGCAACAGGCACGUAGCAGACCAUAAAGUCGAAUACGAUGUCCAAAUGAGUGACAGUACGGCAGAAUCCAGCCAGGAGUUUGCUCCAGAGACUGUCUCAGGUGACCUUGAUAUUCCUGAAACUGUUGGUUCCUACCCUUCAGAGCCAAUGCUUUGCUCUGAAGCUACAGACGGGCAAGUGCCGCACUCACUUCAGACCCUCUACCACGCUGCAGAGUGUACCAGUGCCAACGAUGCCUUGAUUGUUUUGAUACACCUUAUCAUGAUGGAGACGGGUUACAUACCUCAAGGGACGGAAGCAAAGGCAACAUCAAUGCCUGAGAACUGGAGAAGCAAAGGUGUCUAUAAGCUGCAGUAUACCCACCCCCUCUGUGAAAAUGGCUUUGCUGCACUUACUUGUGUGACUUUGGGGAACCUUAUUGUUGUCAAUGUAAUGUUAAAGAUUGCUGAUGACAUCAAAAGUGUGAAGAGGCUGCAGCUUUUGCCAACAUCAUUCAUUUGUUUUGAGAACUCGGCGAACGUUGCAGGAAUAUAUAAGGAUCUUCAGAAGCUAUCACGUCUCUUUAAAGAUCGGCUGGUGUACCCUCUUCUGGCUUUUACCCGGCAAGCUUUGAACCUCCCAGAUGUGUUUGGCUUGGUGGUUCUUCCACUGGAACUGAAACUAAGGAUUCUCCGACUCCUGGAUUUUCGCUCACUUUUAUCUUUGUCUGCUGUUUGCCAUGACCUCUAUGCUGCUUCAAAUGAUCAACUACUGUGGAGAUUUGUGUACCUGCGGGAUUUUAGAGAUUCUGUUACCAGGCAACGAGAUACAGACUGGAAGGAACUCUACAAGAAAAAAUAUAAGCAGAAGAAGGAAGCCCUGAGGUGGCGACACAUGAUGUUUCUACCCCCUCUCCUUCCUGUGCCACUUCAUCCUAACUCGAUAUAUCCCAAUCCUUUCCUUCCCAAUCCUCUUUAUCCCCCAAUGAUCAUUGGUGGUGAACAUGAUGAAAGGCCAUCAGCUCCAUAUAUUGCAGACCCGAUCCACUCCCUCUUUUCUGGAGUUAGGGAGCUUCCUCAGCUUUCUCCCUUAGAUCCCUUCCUUACUUUCAGGCAACACAUUGAUUCACUUCCAGAUCCUUGCCCCACACUCCGAGGAAGAGGCAGUCGGGUCCGUCCGAUUGAUAACCGCCGUGCAUUCAUAUGACUGCAGCUUGGUUUUUAGGGCUUUAAACAUACCUGCUCAUGGGUUUGCUUUCACACCGUAGGAUAUUUCAGCCACAGGGUUCAGGUGUCUGGUUGUUGUUGUUUUUAAUUAUGGCAGUGCAUAUGUACUAGGAGAUCUUGAUUCUGGGGGUUUGGGCUCAACACCAUGCAAAUGACCAGGGCUGCCUCCCUUGGAACUGCAGAGACUUUUCUGAAAGAACUUUGUGGAAAACUUUAAUUCUUUUCGUUACCAUCUGCAAACUGCUUCUUAGAAAGCAAAAGGUGGUUGGCUUUAGCUACAUCAGAUAAAGAGCACUUUAAACACAAAGCAUUAUGUUGGUCUGGACUGUCUUUUUCUUUAAAUAGGUCUAUUAAAUGAAUGUGGUUGCGAUUUUCCCUGAAUAGUUGGCCUGAUUAGAUUUCUCUUCCAUGAGAACUUCCUGUUCCAUGCAACAUCUGACAUAUGGAAAGCCCAUGGCCCCCAAAAUGUAUCUGAUUUGAUUCGCUUUCAGAUACCACCUGUUGCUAAGUCUUUUUCUCUCUUUUUUAUUACUUGAAAAGCAAACUUGGUGUUCAGGACUUCAAUGCACAAACAGUACAAGGUAAAAAUGUUUUUUUGUUUACACUUGAAAGAAUAAAACAUUGAACAGUUUCAA